AUAGUGAGGCAUAUAUUUUCCUUCAUUUAUUUUACAUGACUCUCUCUAAAUAUUAUUGGCCUAUAUGCUCUAUUUGCUAUCAUCAUACUUAUCCAUUAAUUAAUAUUACUCUUUCUAGGUUUCUGCAUAUUGUCACUUUUUAAAUUCUGCACAAAAAUGUUUUCUUCUCAAAUAAUAUACUGUCCAUAUACACUUCUGUCAACAUACAUUUCUUCUCAACCAUGAAGUAUUCCACUAAUAUUAACAUACAUUCUAUAUUUAAGUGUUGGCAUAUUUAUUCAAUUAUUUUUAUUAUGUUGUUUAUUAAUUUAUUUAGACAAUCAUUUUCAUUUCUAACUCUUUCUGCAAGCACGAGGUAGUAUUAUCCUCUUCAUGCAUUAUCUUACAGUAUCCUUACUCUGUUUUAUAUCACCACAUAAAAUUAAUUUUCUUAUGCUAGAAUAUUCUUCUACUUGAUUACUUCACAGUAAUUAAUAGUUUUCAAAAUGUUUGUUUCCAUAUCACCACAUAAGCAUCGUAAUCUUAACUUUAUUAUGAUUUUUAGGAUUUGUCUCUGUUAGAUUUUCUAAAAUUACAUUCUUACACAAUUCAGUAUAUUUAUUUUGUCAUGAAUGUUCUUCUUAAACUUUGGCAAGUCUGACCAAUGUUGCUAUAGUGUUUACCUUCUCUUUCCCUUUUCCAAAAUUAUUCCAGCUUUUAAACAAAUAUAUAUAUACUUUUCCUUCUUAUCUACAAAAUUUUAAUUUCCAGUAAUGUUUCUUUAGGUUUAUAAAGUCCCUUUUCGUUUUACAGUGUAUAAUCACGUGUAUAAGUACUGCCUUCCUCUACUCAUACAUCUCUAUCUGAACAUCUUCCCCAAAACAUCUUGUUGUUUUAGUCUGUAAUACUAAUAUCAUUGAGGGUUUUCUGCUUUUUACAAUAUUUACCCCACAUUUACUUCAUAUAUCUUCCAGUGGACUCUACUUUACCUAGUGGAUUCUUCAUACCAUUGUAUAUCCCAUAAUUUUCAGCUGUUUCAUCAUAUAAUAUUUUAUAUUUAAUUAAAAAAUGUAUCUUAGGAAUAUGUCUCAAUGUCUACUGUUGCCUGUUUUAAACCAAUUAGGUAUUCCUUAUUUCAUUUAAUUUCAAUACAUUUGGUGACGCUCUUCUUCAGUGCCAAUAUGUUUUAUAAAUUGCAUUUUCUGCCAAAUCCAAAUUAUCUUCCUUUAUGUAAUAUUAAAUAUAUUUUUCCACUUUUCUGUAAUACAAACUUAUAGAUUUUCCUACAGUAACAUUCUUAUAUUUUUUCUCACAUUGGCUCGAUUCUUCCAAUGUUGUAUUUACAUGCAACAGAAAUAUAUCUGUUCUUUAUAGCAGAAAUUAUUAUUGCUACUUUUUUAUUCUUUUGCUUUCAAAAGCUUUGGUCAAUUGUACAAUCAAUUGUACAGUAAAAUCAACUAAAAGCCACGUUCCUGCUACAUUUAUAAUUAUUUAAAAUUAAUAAUUUAUCCCACAAAAAUUGGUUCUUAUUGGCUGGAUGUUUCUACAUUUCAGCAUUAUUUUUGUUCUUUUUGGGCAAAAAUUAGCUUUUGCUCUUUGUGGUCUUUAUUUACUUUCAUUGUUUCUGAUAAGUAAAUUCAAAAUUACUCCACCCACAUCAGAACCUUUCAAUAAUUUACUGUUCUGUUAAUCUUGUGCCAGCUCUUUCCCAUGGCACAGGUAAGAAAUUGAGGUUCUGAGGUGGUGGUCCUGUUCACUAUUAUUAAACCCUGCAGCCUGCUGUGAGUUGUCCUGUUGUGCUGAGAGAACUUCUGUCCUGUCCUUCUGUGGCUCCCUGCCUGGAGAUACAGCCCCUCUCCCCCUUCCACAAGUUCACUGGCACACAGGAAACUCAGCUCUGCUAUACAUUUAUUUUAUUUAUACUUAAUUUUUGUCCAAUUUGUCAAAAUUGAUAAAGCAUAAUACUACUUUUCAUCAUAUUCUCCCCUUCUUGGGAGACAAAUUUGUGCAUUCUUUUGCUAUAUUCUAAAUAGCUUUUAGCAAUUGUUCCAAUUAACCAGUUUUCUGGUUGGAACAUUUUGCCAUCUUUAAAGCAAGAUUUCAGGCUCUCUAGAUUUCUCCCAAGUCUCCUGGGACAAAACCAGCAACCCCUUGCUUUGUAUGUCAUUCGUAUUUGUCAAUAAGUUAUGACUACAGAUACAACGCUAGAAAUACCCAGCUGUUUCUGAUUCUACACCUUUGUCCCUUCAAUUUUGCCUUUACUGGUUAAAUCACCAUAGGUCCAUGCCCCAAAUUCUAUGCCUACCACAUAUACCAGCAAGUUACUUCUGAUGAAUAUCUUCCAGACAUUCAUCACAUUGUAUUCCACUGUAACCCGGACCAUAGACAGUCCUAGGCAUCCAUGUGCUCACUUAGUCUCUGGGUCAUUAUUACCUUGAGGAUAAGAUGCACAAAUGUGUUGGGAAGGUAUUAGAAUAUACAGUAUUUACUGUGAUGAUUCUGAAUAAAGUUACAGAGCUUAACCAUUUUAAAAUUUGAAAAGAUUUAUAGGAAUUAAGUUUGGAUAGUUGACAAAGAAACUGUUGGAUUAUUAGAACAUUUCCUCUGAUAUAAAGGGAAUUUGUUCCUUGCUAUAGAAAAACAAUGUGAUAGAAGAUAUUUAACAAUAAAAUUAUGAAUAAGAUAAAGACAAAUUUUAAAGUUAGUAAAGAUAAUUAGUCAGAAAGAUAUUAGGACUAAGAAUAAUUUAAUCAUAAAAUGAAAUGCAUACUGUCAACAAACAUUGAACAGAAAAUGUAGAGAUAAGACAGGUAGGGUAAUAGAACCUGUAAAACCAAUUAACAGAUAGUUCGUACCUCACUUUGCAUUAAGUAAUUUUUAGUUUGCUAAAUAAUAGCUACAAAAUUAAAAACAUUAAUUUCAUUAAUAACAUCUUAAUACUUGAAUUAAAAUUAUUUCAGUUAAUCAACAUUCAAACUUUUUCUUCAUUUUCCUAAAAUAUACUACAACUGUUUCGUGGUCAAAACAAAAGCAGUCACUAUCUCUUCUACUGAAUUUAAAAUGACAAAUGCUUUUGUGUUUGUAAAUUUUCAAAUUUCAUUCUGGCGAUCCCUUCUUUCUCUCUCUCUCUGUUUCUUCCGGCUGCUUCAGUGGAUCAUCCACAUAUCUAUUUGGCACAGGUUUUACAACGAAUUGCUGUUAAAGAUAUAAUUGAACUAUAAAGGAUGAGUAGGUGUAUAUAUAUGUGAGUAUAACAAGGAAAAAUAUACUUAAAUCCUUAAUUAAUUGGGUUACAUGGUUAAUGGAUUUUUAGAUUGUCAGCCACUGGGAUUGCAUGAGUGCACUCUCAGUGCUGGGUCACACCAGGAAGGCAUAUCUGUCAAACUUCGAUCAUAUUUUCACUUAGGUGUCAAACUUGUUCAUAAAUCUUUUUUUUUAUUUAUUUAUUUUAUUAUUACAUUCUGUUUGUCCAAGUACUGCCCCUCUCUCAUUCAAGCUAGCUUAUGAGCUUUAUUAUUGCCACAGAUAUUACUGUUUUUUCUUUAGAAUUGUCUGGUUGGGUAAAAAGGUUAAGUCCUCUCAACUUUUCUACAUUUUAACUAAAUCAGAAAUUUACCUGUCAUUUUGGCAUAACAAUCUUUUUUUUUUUUUUCAUUAAAAAUCUUUUUACCCUUUUAUUGUCUGUUGCUGGGAUGUCUGGUGAAAUUAUUCCUCCUUUUUCUGAGUGCCCUUGACACUCCCGUGAGCUCUGCGUUCUGGGCUGUGCCUGGAACUGACUCUCUUAUCUCGGCUCAUUUCUCCUGCUUCAAAAUUAAAUCUUCAGUGCACAUUUUUUUUUUUUUUUUUUUCAAACAAUUGUACUUUUUAAACAAAUCUUUUUUCUUUUUCUUUCUUUUCCUUUUUCAUCACUAACAGCUGUUACAACAUAAGAUAUCUAUUUUCUUUUUAUUAUCAUUUAUUGAUUUUUCUUCCUUUGCCAUUUUUGUAUUUGAGGCACUUUUUAAAUCUUCAUCAUAUGAGCUGUUUACAGCUGCAUCUACUUCUAACCUCGGUCCCAACUUUUCAGCUUGGAAUAUCUUUUACAAAGAACUGCUAACAUUUUAUUAACAAAAACAAUCAAGCACAGUGGAUUUUCUUUAUUGCCAGUUUCUUUUCAAACAGAUAUUUUCUGGCCCCUCCUUCUUGUUCUUUAAUUGGCUCAACUUCAGUGACAUCACUGCAGAUACAUACUUGUUUCCUGCACUGGAUAAUUUGCUCUUUGCUGUUACAAUGGCUGAACAAGCUCAGAAGAGAUCUGCCGAUCGCAGCAUCGUUCACUGCCUGCUCUGCCACAAGCCGCAGGAGAAUCUCCCAGUCCACCUGACAAGGGUGUGCAUGAAAAACAGCACCGCAGAAGAACGAGCAGAUGAGCUGGCCAAGGCCAAGGCUUCCGGCCGAGCGUGGAUCCGCAAAAACAGGGCCUGGAAUUACAACCAGCUCUGUGAGAUCCUGCCCGACAGGUGCUCGCGCAUCGCCAUGGUGAAGGAGCUUCUACGCCGUGGUUUCUUCAUCACGGACCUGCCCCAGGAGUCUGAGCUGGUCUUGGAGGCUGAACGUGACUCUCCCAGUGCUGCCGCUCCAUCUCCAACACAAGAGGCUGACCACCCAUCUGAUCGUACUCAAAAGCGGUUUGUGGAUGGCGCUCCUGGCAUUAAAGAUUGCCAGACGAUUUUGCGAGUGGCAAAGCCAGAUUUCCUCAGGAUCCACGGGGAUCUGCUGAAGAGGAAAGAGCUGUCAAACACAGAGAAGACGCUGUACCGCUAUUACUGCGAGGCGCUCUUGGUGUUCCGGCACAUGCAGCGUCCAGGAACUGUGGAAGCCUUGACCGAUGCAGACUGGGUGGAGAGGAUCACAGAGGGCGGCAGAGUGGUGAUCUGCGUACAGAAGCAUAAGGCUUCAAGUAUGGGAAUCGCCUUGACGAAAGAGGAGGAAGCUUGCUUGCAGCUGUACUACAGGCAGAUCAGGCCUGAGAACAUUGGGCUCGAAAAAUUCUGCCAAAGUUUUUUCGUGUCAUCGUCCCGCGAGGCUGUUCACAGUGUCUCACAAGACAUGAAUCGCCUCCAUGAAAUGUAUAAACUGGCCCCUUUCACGAGUCAGGAUGUACGGAGGGCUGUUGGGACGGCAGCACAGAAGCUCCCGGCGCAGCAGCAGGAGGCCGUGAACCAGUACACCCAUAGCGCUGGUGCGGUCCGGCCUCGGGAUGUUGUGGACGCAGCUGAGCUGUUGGACUCGUUGGCCGGCACUUCUUCGGACGAUGACACCUCCUUAGCUGAACUGGGUACAGCUGGAACCAGUUCGCGGAAAGACUUCUCUGCCUUUGUGACCAGAUUUCCGGUUUCUCUGGAGGGCCAGCCACCAACCAAAAGGCAGCGGGUUGAUUCAGGGUUUCCUGCAGACCGUGUCUUUUACGACAAGUGGCGGACUUCUCAGUACGCCCAGAGAGAGGAGUAUCUGCUGUCACGCUUCACACUCCGCAAGCCUUCAGCCGUAAAGGUGGCGAGGCUGAUCACGCAGGAGGGGUGGAAGGCCAACUAUCCCAAGCCCGAAGAGAUCGAACGGUUGUGGAAACCGGCUCCCAAGCGCACCAUCGAGACUGAUGAGGUCAUAAUUAAAUGUGUGUCUGAGCAGACCUGGACAGGCCUGGCCAUCAAGGACUUUGGUGCCGAGCAAGGUCUAGGAGUGGUUGCAACACGACGGUUUUCUAAAGGCGACAUUGUGUGCGAUUACCACGGGAAGGUAAUCCCAGCUGCAGAAGGGAGGGCCAUGAUGCAGAACAUUCAUGACGAGGCCGGGUACGUGUUCUUCUUUAAAGCUGGACAGAGAGACCUGUGCAUCGACGCCCAGACCUUCCCCUGCGAGUGCCACCCCGACGCAAACACAGUUGGCAGAAGAAUUAACCAUUCUUCCAAAAGGCCCAACUUAAAGCCCUUUCACUGUGUGCUGAAGGUGAACGGAGAAGACAAGGAUGUCAUCCUCUUCAAGGCACUGCAGGACAUCACCGUGGACACACAAUUCAAAUUUGACUAUGGGGUAAAGAGAAAGUCUUUCCGUGGAGAGGGCCUGAACCUGGAGUGGCUGGAUGAGUAGGCUUCCAUGUACUUUUUUUAGUAGGUUACACAAAGAUGAAUGAGCGGGCUAAUUUUCCAAGCCAUUCAUUUUUUUUGUGCCUACUUUUUCGUUUUCAGCCACAAAACGCCACCUCUCUUGCUCUCCAAGUUGCCCUGAAUGACUCUGUCUCUUUUUUUAGUAGGUUACUCAAAGAUAUGUGAGCGGGCUAAUUUCCAAGCCACAUAUCUCUUCUCCUUGCCUACUUUUUUCUCUUUAGCCACAAAAAAGUAAAAAAAGACCACCAAUACAGAUAUUUUUUUUCUUUCAAUAUUCAUAGUGGAAGUGCACCAGUCUGCUGUGACAGAAACCCCUGCUGCCCAUCAUCUGUUUGUCCUGGAGAGAGAAAGAUCACUGACUUCUCCAGCCAAGAUAAGCUCAACCAACUGUUUUAUAUGCUCCAGUAAUCAUUCGAUUCACACAGACAGUCUGAGUCUAAUCUGCGAUUUCUUCUUCGUUGCAGCUACAAAUAACCAAACAUCAGCAGCUCACUCAGAAGAAGAAGAAGAAGUUUUAGCGUUCGUCCCACCUUUUAACAACUGGAGACAGUAUGUGCCAUGAUGCACAGUACACAGUAAUGACCUGUUCAUUGCUUCUCUCCGUAUAUCAGUUUAUUCGGUCUCCAAGUGCUCAACUUCAGUCCACAAAAUUACACUUCCCCUAAAACCUUCUUCUUCCAGCAGUCAACACGACGAAGUGAGAAGGACUGCUGCCGGUCUGUUGUGAGGAACUCCAGAUAUAUUCACAUCAAACACAAUCAAACAGACGCAAGAAAGUGUGGAGGAAACGACAGGAAUCCACAGCUAAAUCAAGGCCCACUCCAUGAUGGACCCAUGCUGGAGAGCUCCCUUCGCCCCCCUCUGCACCAGUUUGGGAUCAUACAAAACACACAACAUUCGAAUGGUCUCUCUGCUUCUGUUACACAUAGUACCACCAAACACAGUAUGAUCAAUGAAUCAUCUUCAUCUACAUCUCGACCUGAGGACAGUAAGCUGAGCGUCAGUAGUCCAUGCGACGUGAAAACCAAGAAAGAAAGACUUAUUUAGCCAGACGUAUGUUUUUUGUUUUUAUUAUUCAUUUGAUUCUUUACAUAUAAAUACAAUGCUUUUGUGUAAGUUAAUUUCUUGUUCUAGUGUUCAUGUUUAUGAUUUACUUGUUAUGUUGUUAAAGUUUGUUCAUGUUUAUGUAUCGUUUUAAUGCAUUUCUGUACAGUUCUGGUGUGUUCUUGCACGUAUAUUUCUCUUGUCUACCCUUCUUUGUUUUAAUAAAUGUUAUCAGUUUA